AUGAUGCCCAAAUUGCAAGAAUUGUUACUUGAUGAGAAUCAUUUGAAUGGCACUAUUCCUCCCUCUAUUUGUAACAUGCAGAAGUUAAGAAUCCUGUCUCUAAGGAGCAAUCAGUUUUCUGGAGAACUCCCUCAUGCAUGGAAUAUGGAAAGCAAUAUGGUGUUUUUAGAUGUUGGUCAAAACAAUCUGUCUGGUAAGAUUCCCACUUCAUUGGGGGUACUACGUUCCUUGGAAAUUUUAAAGCUCAACGACAACAAUUUUGGCGGUGAAAUUCCUGAUGCCUUGCAAAAUUGUUCAAGUUUGAGGAGUAUUGAUCUUGGAGACAACAAGUUAUUUGGGAAAAUACCUCUAUGGAUAGGAGGGUCAAACGUAUCUAAGUUGUCUAGGCUACGAUUACGGUCCAACUAUUUUAGUGGAUGUAUUUCCCAGCAACUGUGCAAUCUUCAAGGCCUUCACAUCCUUGACCUUAGUCACAACAGCCUUUCAGGUACUAUUCCCAUGUGUUUGGAUAACUUAACUUCGCUAGUCAAUGAUUAUUCUUAUGAAGACUAUUAUAAUAAGUAUGAGCAAGCCACACUGACACUAAAAGGAGAAGAACUUGUGUACAACACAACUCUAUAUCUUGUAAAGAGCAUUGAUCUUUCAUCAAAUAAUUUAAAAGGUGAAAUCCCUGAAGAAAUAAGCAGCCUCAUUAUGUUGGGCACCUUGAAUUUGUCCAAGAAUCAAUUAAUUGGAAAGAUCCCUUCCAAGGUCGGAAACUUGCGUUGGCUUGAAACUCUUGAUCUCUCACACAACCACCUUUCGGGACAGAUUCCUCAAAGCUUGUCAUCUUUAACCUCUUUGUCCCACCUGGACUUGUCUUACAACAACUUGUCUGGAAGAAUUCCUACUGGAAACCAGCUUCAAACGCUCAAUUUUUCGUCCAUUUAUGUGGGCAAUCAAUGGUUAUGUGGCGUUCCUCUCUCAACUCAGUGCCCUGAAGAUGACCCUUUUAUUGCUAAGGAUGCAAAUGAGGAGAAUGAAGAUGGAAAUGAUAAGUUGUGGCUCUAUGUCAGCGUGGUACUUGGCUUUAUCGUAGACUUUUGGGGUGUUUGCGGCACAUUGAUCUUAAAGACAUCGUGGAGGUAUGCCUAUUUUCAAUUCUUCGAAGACAUCAAAGAUAAGGUAGCACUAGCAAUUGCAUUAGAAGUGGUUCGUUUCAAAAUGUUUUUAUUCUGAAGUUUGAUUACCCUAAUAUAUAAUGUGAUGUUUUUCCCCCUUCUACUUUGUGUUUUGGUACUUGCGACAUAUGUAUUAAAUAAAAGAAUCCUUCAGUAAGUGAUCCUACAAACAAUUAUGUAACGGUUAUCCAUUUAAUACAAGAAUUCUAUCUAGUUUGUACUUA